AAUUAAGGGAAAAAAAAAACUUUAAUUCAAUGAACUAUUUGAUUAAGCUCCUUUUAAAGCUGAGGGAAAAAGUGGGAUUUUGGAUUAAGCAUUAAGGAAGAGAUUGAAAUCUGUGAAGAGAGGAUGCUUCUGACACACAAGAAUAUCUUCAAAGGCUGGGGAUCACUGUUCUAAGUUUUUCUCUUUCUAAGUUUUUCUCUUUCUCUCUCCUUUCUUAAUCUUUUUGUUAUAUAUAUCAAGCUUUUGUGUAUUCAAAAAUGGCUACCGUACUUCAUAGAACUACCUUGGGUUCUAUCAUUUAUUCUUAUUUCCUACGUUGUUUUGGAAACUCCCAUAAUCAUAAUAAUAAUCUUGAUCUUCAUCAUCAUCAUCAUCAUCACAAAAGCUUCAAUCAUAUCUUCUUCAAUAACAUGCCAAAGCCAAAGCCUUUGUCCUUGCAGACUGUUGAGCUUAAAGUAAGGAUGUGUUGCACCGGUUGUGAACGGGUUGUUAAAGAUGCCAUCUACAAGCUUAGAGGUGUUGACUCGGUCGAGGUGGACUUAGAGCUAGAGAAGGUGACGGUGAUUGGGUAUGUUGACCGAAACAAAGUACUGAAGGUGGUUCGAAGGGCCGGAAAGAGGGCAGAGUUUUGGCCAUACCCAGAGCCACCGUUGUACUUUACAUCAGCAACCGAUUACUUCAAAGAUACAACUCGUGAGUUCAAAGAGAGUUACAACUAUUACAGACAUGGAUAUAACGUUGGCGAGAAGCAUGGAACGAUUCCGAUGUCUCAUCGCGGUGAUGACAAAGUGAGCAACAUGUUCAAUGAUGACAAUGUCAACGCUUGUCAUGUCAUGUAAAUAUAUACAGCUUGAUAUCAAAAUGUGAGCCCUAGCUCUAGGAGGAUGGAGAGAUGGGGAAAGAAUGGGGCUCAAGUAAAUGUAUGUGCUUUGUACAUCUUGGAAUGUUGAAGGGUUUAUUAGCUCUUGUUGUUUCUAAGUUAUACAUGCACAGUGUGUAAAAUGAAAAGUUUAAUUAAUUGUUCCUUUCUUUUCCUUUU